CAGCAUCUCCUCGGUGCCCAUUAAAUCAUGACCGAAGUAUCAAUGUGGCAAGACUGUGAGAUCAGACGUGAGGAUUCCAUUAUGGGCUCCGGCCACAAGGACGAUAAGGGCAGCUUUGGACCUGACCCGCUAUCUCCCACCUCUCCCAUUGGCUCCCACAAGUGCCCGUCUCCCUCGCCGCACAGCUCCAAAGAAGUCUGGAAGAAAGGAGGGCGUGUCUUCUCCAUUCUACUAGCCAUCAAUUUGGUGCUUCUGUCCUGCACACUGGUCAGCGGUGGGGCUUUCCAAGAAGUAAAGCUGCAUGACUAUGAUGUCUUUUUCAUGCUCAUCAUUGUGAUGCUGAUCAACAUUGCUUGGAUGCUCUUCUACAUCUUCAGAACCUCCAGGCUGCAGGGUGCCAUUCCUUGCAAGGACAACCAUGCAGGGCCCAUCUGGCUGAGAGGAGGCUUGGUCUUGUUUGCAGUCCUCUCGCUGGUAAUGGAUGCUUUUAAGACCGGAUAUUAUUCCAGCUACUAUAAGUGCCUGUCACCCAUCAGAAUAAUGUUUCCAGUGGUACAGGCUGUGUUUGUGAUCACUCAGACUGUCUUCCUCUGGAUGUCUGCCCAAGACUGCAUCCACAAGCAUCUGAAUCUUACCAGAUGUGGCUUGAUGCUCACGUUGACCACCAACCUAGCAGUGUGGAUGGCAGCUGUAACAGAUGAGUCAGUUCAUAAGGCUGAAUCAAAGAACCCAAUUGCAAAUGUUACACACAGAAUGGCUCUGUUAAUGAUGAGGGCGGCCACGCAAACAGAAAACUGUGCCUGCAAAAGCCAACUCUGCAAGAUCUUCCAGAAUGGCUAUUACUGGUUGUACCCCUUCAAUAUCGAGUACAGCCUCUUCGCUUCCGCCAUGGUCUACGUCAUGUGGAAGAACGUUGGCCGCCUCAUUGACCCCCAUGACAACCAUAUCCACCAACUGAAGUUCAAGCUUUUCAGAAGGACUUAUUUUUUGGGCACCAUCGUGGGGUUCUUGGUCCUUGUGACGGGCAUAGCGGUCCUGAUUGUGUAUGAGAUUCAGGUAAAUUCAAAGGAAGACUCUAAGAGGACCGACCAGGUGCUCACUAUGUACUUUGGCUUCAACAUCGUUUGCCUGAGCCUGAUGUCCGCCAUCUGCAUCGCAGGCUCCAUCGUUUAUAGAUUUGACAAGAGGGACAUGGACCAUCACAAGAACCCAACCAGAACUUUGGAUGUAGCGUUAUUGAUGGGUGCAGCCUUGGGGCAAUAUGCCAUUUCCUAUUACUCUAUUGUGGCCACAGUGGCCAGUUCACCAAGGGACACCAUAAAUGCCCUCAACUUGAGCUAUUCCCUGCUGAUGCUUGCUCAACCCACUUUCCAAAACAUUUUCAUCAUUGAAGGCCUCCACCGGCAACCCCCAGAAGAGGAAGACAAAGUUGACCCUCAGCAGAAGGAUAUCUAUGGGCUCACUUUUGUCAAUAUGAAUGCAGUAUCGCUCCGUGUCCCUGAGAGUUUGAGUGCUCUGCCGCCCAGCGCACUGCCAGGGUUAGCCAUUCAGACUUCUGAAGCGAGGCGGUCCCUUAAGGCCUCCAAGAAAAUGAACUGGAGAAGAAGAUUCCUAAAGGAGAUCUCAGUGUUCCUGCUCUUGGGGAAUGCCAUUCUCUGGGUCAUGCCAGCAUUUGGAGCCCGGCCACAGUUUGACAACAAAACAGAGCUCGCGUUCUACGGUUAUCCCAUGUGGGCUGCCAUUGUGGACAUCUGCCUGCCAUUUGGCAUCUUCUACAGAAUGCAUGCAGUGGCCAGCCUACUGGAAGUCUACAUCAUGUCUUAAUCGGAACAAUGAAGAGUUUCUUAUAAGGACCUACGUUAUCAUGCCCCUCCCAGGACUGAAUGAUACACUUAAUUGGGGGGGGGGGUUGAGUUUCACUUUGAUGUCAGACCCUGGUGAUUAGUGGGCCGGCAAUAGCCCACAUGUACCCUAGGGAUUUUGUUUGUUUCUUUGUUUACCCGUGUGUGUUUUGUCGUUCUAUUUAAGUGCCUCCUUUUCUUCAUCCUACUAAGGGUUGUUCAUCUUUGAUUACUUUUCUCCCUCCCCCCCCCCCCAAAAUGCUGACACGGACUGUUUGUAGCCUGAGGCUAAUUCCUGGUCACUUUAAGGCCUGUUCAGUCAACCAGUCUAGGGAAGGUCAGUUUGAAAGAAGAAUCAAGUGAAUGUUAAAGCCAGUUAAACACUCCGCAGUCGUUUGGAUGCCUUUGUAGGUUCCUGUUGUCCCCCCUCCACAGAGACUAAAUCCAGCGGUUAUUAACGGCCUUGGGGAGUAUGACCCUGUUGGAACUCACACGAUAAGUAUAAGGCUGAAGUCCCAGAGGUUUCAGUGAAACUUACUUGCUGUCCUGAAUCAGGGCCUGCAGCGUGCCAGAGUGUAGGGUUGUGCUUUCAAAAGGGUAUUGAGAUAUGUUAGUUUUUAAAGGUAGCUUAAUAAUUUUUUUAACGAGUCUAUUUUUAUAUGAAAAAAUAUUUAUUGAUUUUCAUUCUGAUAGCACACACACAAACAUAUAUGAGUGAAUAGGGGCAUUGAGGCAAUCACCAUUGAACUCAAUACAAUGGCAGCGCCUAAAGUGCAGGCAUGCCUAAAAAGGUCAGAGCCUCUUCCUCAGCUCAGAUGUUGUAGGAAGCGGGGUGUUCAUUGUUAUGCUUGCUUGGCCUUCAAAGUCGACUGAAAAUUAUUGGGUGAGGUGUCUGCAAAUGUGUCCUACAUACGGUGGGAUUUGAUGG